AUGUCAGCUAAUGAAUCCCCCAAUGAACCAAUUGUAAACCUGGUCAACGACAUGCUCUCCAACACCUGUGAUUACCCUGUUAUCAGGGCUCCACCUCCUCCAGUGUUCCCCCAGGCUCCACCUCCUCCAGUGUUCCCCCAGGCUCCACCUCCUCCAGUGUUCCCCCAGGCUCCACCUCCUCCAGUGUUCCCCCAGGCUCCACCUCCUCCAGUGUUCCCCCAGGCUCCACCUCCUCCAGUGUUCCCCCAGGCUCCACCUCCUCCAGUGUUCCCCCAGGCUCCACCUCCUCCAGUGUUCCCCCAGGCUCCACCUCCUCCAGUGUUCCCCCAGGCUCCACCUCCUCCAGUGUUCCCCCAGGCUCCACCUCCUCCAGUGUUCCCCCAGGCUCCACCUCCUCCAGUGUUCCCCCAGGCUCCACCUCCUACAGUUUUCCCCCAGGAGACAGUGUGUAUUUGA